AUGACGAACAAUUCAAAUCAUCAGGAGGAACUGAUCGUCGAGAGCGACCAACGUGAGGCAAAUCACAGCAGUGCUAAUCAGCAUUAUUUAACCAUGUUUGGUGGUACUAUUUCAUUGCCGUUUGUUGUAUCGGCUCCGCUUUGCAUUGGUAACAAUAAUCCAUUAGCCAUUAGCGAUUUAAUUUCCACUGUUUUCUUUGUUUCCGGCAUUGCUACCUUAUUGCAAGUAACAUUUGGAGUCAGGCUACCUAUCGUACAAGGAGCAUCGUAUGCCUUCGUGACACCAACUUUCGCUAUAAUGUCGCUUGAGAAAUGGAAAAGUACAUGUAGUCCCAAUACUGUACCUUGGGCGAAUUUGACAUUAGACCAGCAAAACAAUCAAACAGAAAUGUGGCAGUCUCGUAUUCGAGAGAUUCAAGGUGGAAUCAUGUUGGCAUCGCUGUUUCAAGUAGUCAUUGGGUUUACCGGCUUAGUUGGUCUUUGCCUACGAUUUAUUGGACCUAUUACUGUUGCUUGCACAAUCACUUUAGUUGGAUUAACGCUAGUUAGUACAGCGACCCUUUAUGCAUCUUCUAAUUGGGGCAUAGCAGUAUUGACAAUUUUCUUUGUAACCCUUUUCUCUCAAAUUCUGGAGAAAUAUGCUGUUCCACUACCAGGUUAUCAGAGAGGCAAAGGCUGUUAUAUCAGUAAAGCUCAUAUAUUUAGACUCUUUCCGGUGUUACUGGCUAUUAUAGCAUCAUGGGUAGUUUCGGCCAUCCUUACAGCUGCUGGUGCGUUCACUUCUGAUCGAUCCAAUCCGGGCUAUUUCGCUAGAACUGAUGCAAGAAUUGCUGUAUUGGAAACUUCACCAUGGCUUCGGUUCCCGUAUCCUUUCCAAUGGGGCAUACCUACUACUUCUGUUGCCGGUGUAUUUGGUAUGUUGGCAGGGGUUUUAGCGUCUAUGAUCGAGUCGAUUGGCGACUAUUAUGCUUGUGCUAGACUUGUUGAAACUAGACCUCCUCCAAAGCAUGCUAUUAACCGUGGUAUUGGCAUGGAAGGAAUCGGAUGUGUCUUAGCUGGUAUGAUUGGUUCAGGUGCCGGAACAACCUCCUACAGCGAAAAUAUAGGAGCUAUUGGCAUAACAGGGGUUGCUAGUCGAGCUGUAAUCCAGUGUGGAUCAGUUAUAAUGAUCGUGUUAGCCAUAGUAAGCAAAUUUGGAGCACUCUUUGCUUCUAUACCCAAUCCUGUUGUUGGUGGCGUAUUCGUUAUUAUGUUUGGAAUGGUGACGGCAGUUGGAAUAUCAAAUUUGCAGUUUUGUGAUAUGAAUUCUCCUAGAAAUGUCUUUAUUGUUGGUUUUUCUAUUAUCUUUGGUAUGGCUUUCCCUACUUGGUUGAGCACUAACUCGUCCGUAAUUAAAACUACCGUACCCGAACUUGAUCAAAUUAUUGUUGUUUUACUCAGUACUAAUAUGGCCGUUGGAGGAGUAACGGCCUUAAUCCUUGAUAAUAUUAUUCCUGGCACUUUAGAAGAACGUGGUAUGCGUGCAUGGUUUCAAGAAACUGAAAAUAAGUCUGGUAAAAUGACUGAAGAAUACGUGAAAGAAAUGAAAAAAACUUACGAUCUCCCAUUCGGGAUAUCGGAAUUCUUUCGUAGGUUUACUUGUUCAAGCUAUAUACCCUUUUGUGCACCACAUUACGAUAUAGAAGAAGAAUCAGAACAACACAGAGACUUAGAAAUAGGAAAAAUCAUCAAUACUAGCAGCGUAUGA